AUGCCUUCAUUAGCAUCUCUGACGGGUGGUGCGGUUGUGGAACAAAAAUCCCAAGACCCAUCGCAACUUUGGACAUUCGAAAAUGCCGUCUUGCUCAUCGAAGAAUGCCAGGACCCUGUCAUUCUAGAGGCAUUGGACAACUUUGUGCAACAGAACAAACCGGUAUUGUUGAGCCCGUCUCCGCUCGCCUUCGAUGGAGCUGUCACUGUGGAUGCUAAGCAGUUCACCCUCAGGGGCGUCACAUACCCCAAAAUCACCAACGCUACCAGAGAAGACGCUGCGAAGAUAGCAACCUUGUUGCACUUGAGUGAGACCGAGAUUAUCAGAAUCAUUCUGCAGACAAACAUACGGAUCCCCGCGAAAAAAAACGAUGAAAAGGUCAAGACCAACCUCUCGGUGCCGAAGGAGAGGGAAAAGGCCCGGCAGAAGGAGCUCAUCACGUUCUACGCGUCCCGAGUUCUUCGUGAGAGAAGAGCCAUCAUUUCGUUGACCACAGCCGUGCUCAAGAACAAAAACAACCCCAGAUGCUCAGAGGUGAUCCGGACCGUGGGGAAGCAGAUCUACGUGACGAAGGACCUCAUCUCCCGCACCAUCGAUCAGCUUGAGAAGCACGCACAACUGCUCUCUAGCAAGGCAUGGGCCACGGAUUAUUCGGCCGAGUUCAACGAGUUGUACAAGAGCGAGCUUCUUAUGACCACACAGAGUGUGUUGAUGUUGCUCGUGGACUUGGUGGCCGGGAACCCUUGUGUGCAGAAGGCAGACGCGUGCCGGUGGUUCAAGCUUAUGGAAAAGACCAACUUUGCGGCAGAUCUUGCCAAAGCCAUAGAGGUUGGGCAGUUGGAAACCAUCGAGAGCUUAUGCUCUGUCGCCUCCAUUCUCUUCCUUGACUUGGACUUUGACUUCUACAACACCACCGAUGUGGUUAAUUAUAUGAACGACCCUGAAAGCUUUGCGAGUAUCAACAGAGCCUUGUCCAACACUGCCUCCAACCCCAUUGUCAUGUUUGCCUGGACGAUUGUUUUAUUCCGCAAGGCCAUCACCAUGGACGAUGCGUUUGACGAUACGUUUAUGGCCAUAUUCGACAACGAUCUUAGCGAGUUGGACCGCACAAUCAAAGCCUUUACUGUGCGAAGCUACGACUUGAACGUGUUUGCAGCGUUGAAGAAGUGCCAUGAUAACCUCCAGUUUGACCCAUACUACUCCUCCGUCUUGGGCUCCAUGCUCAUCCACUCUUCCCCUUUCGCCCCGCUCACCCCCGAGCUUGCAUCGACCGUGGAGACAGUGAUGAAGGAUGCCUCGGAUGUCAUUCUCGAGCGCUUUUUCAACCACGAAGGGGUCCAAAGAUGGUUCAUUUUGGCCAGAGCCAAAUUCCCAAGCUCGAUCGCCCCGUUUGUGAGAUUGGCCAACGUGAACUCCUUUUUCGCCUACGAAGAGUUCAAGCAGGUUCGCUCCUAUACCGCGCUCUUCACCAAGGAGUACCUCGAAACUGUGUAUGAGUUUGACGACACGGACGAAGACUUGAUCAAGUUGACCUCCAACAUUGACAUUCCGCCGAUGUACGAACGCUCCAACUUAACCUUGUUGUUAGAAGCGGGCACCAAGGGAAAGAUCCUCCCGACUGAGGACGAAGAUGAGGUGUUGGUUGCCUUCUUGUACAAGUACAACGGCUGGUCGUUGUUAGGCAGAAUUUUACAAAACAUUUCCAAACAGCUUGACAAAGACAAGCUUGAUCUCGUGGUGGACAUGUUCCACUUGUUGCACAACGUUGCUCGAGAUUUGCCGGCCGAACAAGUGGAGGAGAUAUUGUCGUUCAUGUCGUUGUAUACCGAUGACUCUGAUAUUGUCGAAGUCGUGUUGAGAUUGUUCGAGCAGGCGUUGCACGGGAGACAGGUGGUCAUUUUGGAGGCUGGUAUGAACUUGUUGAGCGUAUUGGUGCCGUACCGUUCGUCCAGAAUCUGGUCCUACUUGUCGAAAUCUCCGUUGUUGGGCCAGGUCGGUACCGAGAGCUUCCUUGAAAUCAUUUUGGGCUCCAUCGAAAUGGCCAACAGUAACUUUGAGUUCACCGUCUCUGUAUUCAAAUUUGUCAAUUUCCUCAUCUCUGACUGUCUCAGCUUGGAGGAAACCUUUCCGUCCAAGCACAAGUCGGAGAUCUUGGUGCGAUUUGUCGCCCACGGAAUUAGAGUGUUUGAAAGCUUCAUCCACUGGAGUGUAUCAAAGAGACAUGAAAAGUUGCAGCUCGGUACCCUUUUGGUCGGGAUCUUCUCCAAGAUUUUGAUCUCCGUCUACAGCAUCGACGAGUCCAAGGAUGCAUCAAGCAAGCCAACCAAGGUGUUUGCUGAAUCUGCCAGCUUGCUUGUGAGGGCCUUCUUGAUUGCUGAUCUUCGUGACGUCAGAUCCAACGCUCCAAUUAUCUCAACCAUCGAGGCCAUCAGCGCUUCCUCCACCGCCUUCCACACCACUGAUAAUGCUGGCUUCUGGCAUGACCAAUGGAUCCACCAGUCGUUGGCCUUUUCUUCGUUGCUUGUUUCUAUCCGAUCCAUGUUAAACCUCCACCCCUCUAGUUUUGAAAAGUCCUUGUUUGUGAAAUUGUCGAACUUGGUUGAUGUUUACUCCCGCUACUCGCAUUGGCGUCUCUCUGUCGUCAGGUUGAUGACUGCCAUCGUGAGUGCCAAGUGGCCCAACGAGCCACCAUCCAUGUUGUCCCAUCUUGGUAGUAACCAUGCCAGCAUCUUGUUGCACUCGCUUUCCAGUGAUUUGAACUCUGGUUUUGACGACAGCUCGAUGGGUAUCUCUCUCUACGACUUUUUUGCUGCCGUUAUGGAAGGUAACCAAGAAGGCUUGUCCAUCUUGUUCAUCCGCGGAGAAGAUACAAAAGGUUCUAGUCCUGGUUCCGUCUCACUUCUCGGCAUUUUAAAGAAGAAUGUGGUCAAUAUCCACCGUCACUCUGAUUCGAUUUCUCUCCACCUUGUUGAUGCUUUGGCCUUAGCGUUCAACUCCUGGACUACCGCCAGGGAAAGCGACAACGAUCAAGAAUUCAUAUCUGAGUUAAUCAGACGAUUGCAAGAUGAGCCGGCUAAGGAGCCAAAGACGUUUGAUGAGUAUGUUGAGUCCUGCUACAAGUUUAAAAUGUUCUCUAAGAUCUCUGAAAUCUUGGCUUUAUACUUGUACUCCACCCCAGACACAGAGUGUUCCCAGUUGAUUCUUGACCUCAUCAAGUCAGACGCGUUCAUCAAGAAAAUGAAACACUUCUUCAAGAUCCGGGGUUACAACUCGGCGUUGCAUGCCAACUUACAGUACAAGUUUGAAAAGAGGUGGAGCAGUUUGAGCUUGAAAGACUUUACCCGCUCUUUCUUGGUUCAACGCAAGAGAUUUGGUGCCGAUGCGAUUUACGACCUUGACUUGUUGAAUGAGUUCCUCGGCGGCGACGCGAGGUGGGCGGACUUCCAGAACGAAGUCAUCUUGGCGAGUGUGAACUUGCAGUACAUUGUCGCCCAAAUCAACAACUCAAAGUCUCUUGGGGCGUUGAUCACAGCAUACUGCCAAAAGACUGGCGCCGGGGUCGAAAGCAGCUUUGCGAGCAUUGCCGUUGAGUUGCUCCGAAUCAAUUCGGUUGAAGGAACCCCCGCAAGCAUCUUCAAUGAAAUCUAUCAAGAGCGGAUCGAGUUGGCCUUCUAUAUUGUCUACAGCAUAUCGAAGACCAGUACCAGUGUUAGUGACAAUCAGGUAUUCUCGAUCAUCAGAGCUGCUUCUGAGCUAUUGGUAAGCCAUGACUUUGGCUUCAUCGAGAAGCUCGACAACAAGGAAAAUACCUCAUAUCGCCCAAUCUUGCGUAUUUUGUUGUCCACCCUUGGAAUGAUCAAGGCCGACGCCAAGUUGAUUGCUGAGCAUUCCGAAACCUUCUCCAACAUCUUCGGCUUGGUUAUCGCAAAGGGGUUCUCGUGCUUGUUAUCAUCCAUCCAAAACGAAGUGUUUUCCUCGUACGAGAAGGAGUUCUCGAAAUCUGCGGCCAUUACCUCUAAGAUGGAAGAUGUGCUUAUGAUUUUGUCUGUGUUGAAGGCUUUCGUCAAUCUCCAUUUAACCGAUGAGUUUAAAACCACCAUGACCUCUUUGCUAUUAGAUAGCGGCACCUUGAGAUCUAUCUUGAACCUUUACUCCUCCUCGCACUUAAUUAACAUUAACGGCGAGCCCGUCUUUGCCGAAAUGAUGUUGAUGGUUAUCUACCAAUUGGUAUCCGUGGACGUUGUUGCGGAACAACUCAUCUCCAAUGGUUUGUUCUCUGUCUUAACUGAGAGCCCCAUAUCGCUUGUGUUACAGAAGGGUGGCGUUCGUCCGUCUCAGUCCCCAAGAUACCACCAUAUCUGGAGUAACGAAUUGCUUUCCAUCGUCUUGACCUUGCUCAGCAAGUUUGGUGUCAGGUUGCUCCCUGAAGUAUGCAUGUUCUUGACCCAUUUCGAGAAGCAGAUUCACGGCGCAUUGAGUGGAUGGAAGCAGAACUCUGUGGUCAUUUCCGCUCCGUAUAUCCAAGAAACCACCCAGCUUGUGUUGCUCUACCAAGUGCUUGAAGCCUUGAAUGUCCAGGAGUACAUUCUGGUGGGGUACGCCAAGAACCUCGGCUACGGUGCAAGCGAUGUUGUGUUGUUCCCAGGUUUGGAAACCGAAGACGACAGAGCCUCUUUGAGCGAUAGAUUAAAGUACUUGUUGUCGCAUCCAAAGUUCUUAUCCUCGAGGGUUGCUCCGUGUACCCUUGAAGAACAGAGAAUCUUUGACAACGGUGGCAAGGCGCUAGAAAGGUUUAUUGCUGAUAUUGUUGGUGAGAUUCGUGAUCUCAAAGAGUCUAUUGCUCAGUGA